AGGCCCCAGGGAGCGUCAACAAUGACACGUCCGGGGACGUGGAGCCUCCUCGCCGUAAAAGCGGGUUGGAAUUCAACAGCUGAGCUGAAACAAAUAAAGAAACGAGACUUUAUUUGAAGCUGUUCCUUUCAACGCUGCGUUUUAUCCCGCCGCCCCCCCCUCCACCCCCCCUCGCUUUUUCACACGUGAAACAAAUGCACACGCUUCCUCCUGCCGGCCGUCCAGAAUGUCAGUUCCGAGUCGUGGAUUUGAAUACAAAAAUAAAUAAACACCGAGGACUCUCCGGCGCUGUCGUGUCCGCGGGGCCUUGACGUUUCUACCGCAGCGGCUGACGGCGCUCGUCGCGGAUCCGGGUGAACUUCCUCAUCGGAGCCGCGGGAGAGAGACUCUGCUGCGGCGGCUUGUGACGCGACGUCAUGCCGCUCAAAGACUCGCUGGAGUCGGGACUGGACUUUGUCGAGUUUCUCGGAGACAGAGCGUCCACCACCAGUAAAACAGAACUUCGGAACAUCUACAACUCUGAAUUCAGGGGCAGAGAAGGAAUACAAGACCCUUCCUUCAGCGAUGUGCUCUACGCCCUGCUGAGCUUCAGAAAAGCGAGCAUGAGAAACGGAGAAAUCCACAUACAUGUCAAACCUCAGGUCCGAGUGUAUUGCGACCAAUGGAGGAGGCCCCGGGCCCCUCAGGCCCCCCGCACUCCAGGUUCUGACUCUCCGAAGACGGACGGGACCCCUUCAACCUCCUCCUGCCCCUCAACUCCGAUGAAGCCUGUGCUCACCCCCAAGAAAAAGCUGGCUACGGAAAUCCUUCACAAGCUGCGGGUGAACAGGAAGAAGUUGACCGCUGACAAAGGGGGCGUUGAGAUCACCUCGGACCCCGUGGCGAGCGGCGGAAAGGUUCAGUUCACCGUGGACCACCUGAGGGAGUUGUUCCUCGUCAGGUUCCACAUUUUAAACCGCGGCCCGAGCUCUGUUCACUUCACCUUCUACGCGGCCCUGCACAAGAUCCGCUGUUUCACUCUGGAGGAUGAGAGGAGAGUGAACCGAGCCUCUCCGCUGUUCCUCUGUGCCGGAGAAAGCUAUGAGGUUGUGGUCCGCUACCAGCUCAGCCACUACGGCUAUUUCCCUGCCACCAUGUACUUUGAGUUCUGUCCAGAUGUGCCGGAAUCCGUGCCCUUUUGCAUCGUGAGGGAGAUGGAAGCAGUAGCCAGGACCCCUCUGGCCGCGGAGCUGGGGCCCGUGGCUCCUUACACGCCGUUUCAGAGGGUCACACACAAGCCUGUCAACACGGUGCUGGUGGAGGGAGUGCCUCCUCAGAGAUCUGGGGCCCGGCCUCCGAAGACGACGGUGAAAUCAGGAGACUUUAAGUACCCUUAUUAUCUGAAGGAACUGGCUAGACAGAGGAUGGAUGACUCCGAGUUCCUCUCUCCAGCUGCCAGGCAGAAAUUGGCUUCUGUAAAGGGUCUCCUCGACUCUCCCUUGAAGAUGAAGACGUAUGCGCAGAGGUUAACCCUCCUGCUACACCUGGAAGAGAUACAGAUGGAGGUGGACGUCAGGAAGUACGACCUCCACGAUCAAACCAUGGCCCAAGACCAAAGCAACAAAAAGCUUCUCGCACUCAGAGUUCCUGGUGUAGCUGAGAAUCGUCCCUCUGUGCUCCGAGGAGAUUGUCUCAGGGUGUCCAAAUCAGGGGACACGGUCCAGCCGAUCACCGUGUACACCGGAUACGUCCACAGGGUGGAGCUGGACAGUGUGAAGCUGGGCUUCUCAAAGCGGUUGUUGCAGCUUUUCACCGGCAACAUGAAGUUUGACGUUGAGUUCACGCUCAACCGGCACUCCUUGAGGAUGCAACAUCGGGCCGUGCAGUUGGCGGUGAAGCACGGGCUGGGCGAGGUGCUGUUCCCAUCCGGGGCAGCGGUGGCCCAUCGCGCCACGUCUAAACUCCGGAUGUUCAACAAGCAGCUGGAAAACAACCCGGAGCAACACGCCGCCGUGCAGCGCAUCGUGGCCGGAUCGUCCAAGCCCGCCCCCCAUCUCGUGUUUGGACCCCCUGGAACUGGAAAGACCAUCACAGUGGUCGAAGCAAUGCAUCAGGUGAGCAGUGCAGACCCGUCGGCACGCAUCCUCGCCUGUGCUCCUUCAAACAGUGCGUGCGACCUCCUCUGUGAGAGGCUGAUGGUUCACAUGGAGGCUGCUCGGAUUUACCGCCUUUACGCCAGCAGCCGCGACCCCAGAAGCAUCCCCACGACCCUGCUGAGAAAUUGCAACUGGGACCAGAGCCACGAUGGCUUCGUGUUUCCAGAGAAAGAGGAUCUGAUGACCUACAAGAUCGUAGCGACCACCAUGGUCACAGCCGGCAGGCUGGUGUCGGGAGGAAUCCCAGUGGGCCAUUUUACCCACGUCUUUCUGGACGAAGGAGGCCAGGCCGUGGAGCCAGAGUGUGUCAUUGCCAUUGCAGGUCUGCUCAGUGCAGAGAAUGGUCAGCUGGUGCUGGCAGGAGAUCCCAAGCAGCUGGGGCCGAUCCUUCGAUCCCCUUUUGCACAGCAGCAUGGACUCGAGCUGUCUCUGCUUGAGAGACUGAUGAAACAGAACCCUUUAUAUCAGAAAAGCACCGAGUCUGGCCACUUCGACACCCGCUUUGUCAGCAAACUGCUGCGAAACUACAGGUCUCAUGCUUCCAUUCUGAAAAUCCCCAACGAGCUCUUCUAUGAGAAUGAACUGCAGGUGUUUGCUGACCAGUGGGAGCGUGAAACCUACUGCAACUGGGAACACCUCCCCCAAAAAGGCUUCCCUCUGAUCUUCCACGGCGUGAUGGGGAAAGACGAGAGGGAGGCCAACAGCCCCUCCUUCUUCAACGUGUGUGAGAUUGAAGUUCUGGUCGACUACCUCACCAAGCUGGUGGAAACCCAAGGAAAGGACGGCCUCCCCAAACUCUCCGCCAAAGACAUCGGAAUCAUCGCCCCUUACAGGAAACAAGUGGAGAAAAUCCAAAAGGCCCUGAAGUCUGUUUCGGCGCUGAAGGGAUUGAGGGAUCUCAAGGAGCUGAAGGUGGGGUCUGUGGAGGAGUUUCAGGGACAGGAAAGGAGGAUCAUCAUGGUCUCUACUGUCCGCAGCAGCAUCAACUACGUCAAGAUGGACAAGGACUUCAACAUCGGAUUCCUGUCAAAUGAAAAGAGAUUCAACGUGGCCCUGACCAGAGCCAGGUCCCUGUUGAUAGUUGUGGGAAACCCAGUGAUCCUCAACAAGGACCCCACCUGGGAGAAGUUCAUCAGCUAUUGUGUGCAGGAGAACGGGUACACCGGCUUUCCCUUUGAGGACGCUGAAGGAGAGGAGGAGGUCGUGUCCAGGCUGGCAAGCCUGAAGAUCAACGUGGAUUCGGACGAAGAAGAAAACGUUGAAUCCUGAGCAAUAACAUCUCUCAAAAGAAGUUUGCACUGGAAAAUCCAGGACGUCUACAUCUGUAGAAGAUUCAUAAGCACCAUUUAUUCUCAGCUUCUGACAGAACAUUGGCUUCUACUGUUUAGGAAUAUCAUUUUAAUCAGUUCUUAGCUUUUGAUGUUUUGCUACAAAUGAAUCAUUAAAUCCUGUUAUUGACUCUU